AUGUCUCCUCUGCUGACCCUGCUACCUGUUUUGGUCCUCACCCUUUUUCUCCUAGAGCCAUUUGCCACCUAUUUCCGCGACGUCAAGAACCUUCGCCGUUUCCCUGAUGCAUUUCCCCUGUCCGGCGUCUCUAACAUCCCUUUCGCGCACUUGAAGCAUUCCGUCAUAUGCCUGGGACCAAACGUUGUUUCUUCUUCAUCGCCCGCCGCCAUUCGUACCAACUACGACCACUCUACGCCUUGCGUCAAAGACGGAUCGUAUCCGUCUGCGCUGUCUCCUGGAGACCACCCUGGCCUGAUCGAUGUUGUUGACAAGGAUGCGCACGCCAGUAAACAACGCAUCUUGUCGAAUGCUUUUGUCGCUCGCAACUCGGAACGCUGGGAAUUCAAGGUCGACGACAAAGUGCAGCAACUGCUACGCCAGUUCGACAAGACACUUUAA